AUGCAAUUAAGUAACUCGGAAACCCUUGUCAAUGACGAAGGGGCUGGACGUGCCAAGGCCAUUGUGCGUAGGCGUGUUAUAUUCGCAGUUAUAGGACGUGUCUUGCCUUGGCUCAGAGCUGCUUUAUUUUUGACCGGAACUAUAUGGAUGUGCUGCAUCCCGUUACCCCAGAUGGGACGAGGGACAUACAUAGAUGAGAAUGCACUCCAACCUGGCCAGGUCAACACGUACUGGAGCUGGCGAGAAGUACAUGCUGCGGAUAAUAGACGCGCCACGUAUUUCCGUGACGAGUUUGCAAAACUUGGAUUACCUACAGAGGUUCAGCCGUAUACUAUCCACGCACCCACCGGUCUUGACUUACAAGGGGACGGAGGGCGUCAACGUCUAUUCCAUUUACACAGCUCCCAGGAGCUCUGGCAGCGAAGCAAUUGUCCUGAGUGCUCGUGGAAAAGCCUGAAAUGGGAUGAGGAUGGAUCUUUAAACCUUCGUGGUGUGGCGACCAUCCUUGCUCUAGCGAGCUAUCUCAAACGGUAUACAUUAUGGGCGAAGGAUAUCGUGUUUGUCAUCAGUGAUGGGUAUAUGGAUGGUAUGCAUGCAUGGCUAAGUGCAUAUCAUGGGUUUGAUCAUGCUAACCUCGAGACGCAGCCAUUGACCCUGCUCAGUGGAGUGGUUUGGACCGCGUUAUGUAUUGAUUAUCCGGGUCACUCAUUCAGUCAUCUUGGCGUCUACUUUGAGGGACUCAAUGGACGGCUUCCCAACCAAGAUUUACUCAAUUCUGUGCUCAACAUAGCAAGAUAUUCAAAUGGAGUCUCAGUUCUCGCCUAUGAUGCACUGGACCAUCUUCGCACAGACCACCCAUAUGAUUUUGGACCUCGUACGGCCGCCCUUUGGAAUUACCUGCCUAAAGUAGCACGGAAAAUGUUAAACGAUCCUAAUAUGAAGACCUUUGAAAACCGUGCAGGCAUAGUCAGUCGUAGUAUUGCUUGGCAAGCCUCUGGUCGUGCUAGUGGUGUUCACGGGUUGUUCCAUCAGUAUCGAAUAGAUGCAAUUACGAUAUACGCGCGCCCCUCUCAUGGCCCCCAUGGAUUCUUCGUGCUUGGCAAGAUUAUUGAGUCAACAACCCGCACGAUGAACAACUUACUGGAGCGUCUCCAUGCCUCCUUUUUCUUUUACAUUCUGACCAGCGCCCAAUCAUUUAUCAAGAUAGGCGGAUAUCUCCCCGCUGCGGUUAUCAUGAGUGUCGCUAUGACGUUUGGAGGACUCGCGCUAUGGGUUGAAGCUAGCUGGGUUCAAAUCCAAAUCGUCAUUACUGAUGCAGAUAAGAAUUCCGAAAGCAGUGGUGACGAUCAUAUUGAGCAUUCCAAGAAGUGGGUCAAAAGGUCCCGGCCAGUAGUGGAUGCGUUUGUACUGGCUGGUUGUACACACCUGUCGGGUGGCGCCAUGCUGUUUGCUCUGGGCACCAAAGCUAGCAUGGAUGCAUUUACUGUAAGUCGUACUGUGACCAAUUCCAAUAGCUCACUUUUCAACUUACCCACCCUAGAAUUAUCCGAUGGAAUAUUUGAGCAUACUUUUAGCUAUGGUAGCUCUCAUUCCUUGGGGCAUUGCACAAAUCCCGCGUUUGAAUGGAUCGUCUUCCGAAAGGGUCGCGCCUCUCUCAAUGGUUCUGAAAUCCUUUACUCUUUGCCUCGGGGGAACAAUAACGGCAUUACUAUCCCUGCUUAA